GCUCUUCCCUCUCGUAUCAGACUGCAGUUCAGGCUCGAACCUCUCGUCAACUUUCGGGGCAUCCUUCCCAAAACCAUGGACUCUUCGCAGCUCAACAUCUACAACUUUCCCCCUCAACCCCCAAAAUGGGAUAAAGUCGGGCUGUUCUUCGUAUCCUUCGCCUCGACAUGGACAACAGUCGUGCUAGCGGGCAUGGUUUUUUGCUGGUGGAAUCGGGACCUCCCCAUACUGAGAAUUCGCGGGCUACCGCUCGCAUUUGGGUCCGUCAUUUUUCUGCACAUGUACUGGCUCAUGGCGCAGAUUGUGUAUCCUGUGGGGGGCAGCAUGCCAAUUCCGAUUGCUUACACGGUGCAAUAUUUCAUCAUGGGGACGUGGUUCCCGCUUGGUAUUGCACUCUUCCACGCUGCCAACCUUCGUUUUCUUCGCGUCGCGGAGCUGCAGAGAAGAUUUGUAGCCCCAGAUGUGAAGACUAAGCAAGUGCUCUCCAGAUCGUCCCACUAUUCCUGGGUCAGUCGGAUCCGCAACAUAAGGUACGGCAAAAAGGUUACAAUAAUCAUCUCGAGUGUUGUAGCAAUCCAGUGGAUACUAUGCGCCGUCAUGUGGGUAAUGUGCUCGAAGUACCACCCUUCGUUCGGCCUCCCCGGCACCGCAAUCAAGGGCUCCACGGUCCCCGAACAAAUUAUUGAUCUUGGACGAGGCUGGGAAUGGAUACCGUCUGUGGUGUACCAGUUCAUCUGGACAUGGGGGGUUGCUCCUUACCUCAUCGUUUGCGCCUGGAAUAUUCGCGACACCAUGGGCUGGCGCACGCAAACGAUCGGAGCCUGCAUUUCAGGAUUGCAUGCCACGCCCAUGUUCCUGAUCGCAUCGUACGUUCCUGCUUUCAACGGCAUCAAUCAGUACUACCCUCCCAGCCAGUGGAUCCACCUGCACACCUUCUUCCUCGAGAUCCUGACCGUAUUUAUCCCUGCCUAUGAAGUCAUAAAACACCAUCUUCGCGCCAAGCAAGCCGCGCAGCAUCGUGACCGAUGGGACACCGAGUCGCGACAAGCCGUAGAUGUCUGCUUUGACAAGAAGGAUUCGCGGCAAAGCUCUCUCUCCUCCGGCAGCGCCGACUUUCUAUCGACCCUAAGCGUAGCCAACAUUGACCAGAUGCUAGGACUCGGCGCGCUGGAGCACGCGCUGGCCCAGUGUUCGAAGCCGCUACUCGAAUUCUCGGCCUACAGCGAUUUCUCAGCGGAAAAUAUCGCGUUCCUAAUGCGCGUAGGCAAGUGGAAGGCAUCGCUAACGUCGGAUAUAGCGGAGAAAGGGUCGUUGGAUGGCGGGAAUUGGGACGAGGAAGGGCGGAUCAGCAUGUAUAAUGCUGCGCUCUCCAUCUAUAUUGAUCUUGUAGGUCCACGCGACGCCACGUUCCCGCUCAACCUCUCGUGGCAGCAGCUCAGCGAUCUGGAGCACGUUUUUGAGCGUCCCGCGCGCAUCGUGCAGGGCGAAGGAUCCGACAAUGGGAGCUCAGCGUUUGUUUUCGACGACGCGCUUCCAACUUCGAGGGAUAGCGAUCGCCUGUCGUCGCGCUUAACCGGCUGUGAUGGGGCCACGGCGCUGCUGGCGAGGUACACAGGUGAGAUCUCGCACUUGUUUACGGAGCGCGUGUUUGAUGAUGCGGAGAGGCAUGUGAAGAAUUUGGUACUGUUGAAUACGUGGCCGAAGUUUGUGUAUUCGUUGAGGAGGGGAUCGGUGGAUUCAGGGAGUAGUACGGGGUCGAAUAAGGCCCGGCUGCAGUUGUUCUAG